ACUUUUGAAAUUUCUUCCUCAAGCGAGUUUUUUACAUUCCCGGAAUCAUUAAAGAAAAUUAUUCAUCAUUAUAUCCCCUAUCCAGUGAGUUCUACCCUCGCAUUAUCUUUUUAAAGACCAGAGGUUGAACUGCACGAAUAUAAUGCAGUUCCGUUCGCUUAGAAUAUUUAAUAUGUAAUUACCGUCGUUCCGCUGUUGGUUGAAUGAUUGUUGCAAUGUAUAGAACGUAAUAAACAUUUGUUUCUUUUAGAUAGAAUCGCGUUGCCAAGAGACAAAAUGACAAAAAAAAGGAACUGACAAUUGCGCAUGGAGUUGUUCAUUGAGCGUUUAAGUCUGAUAUCUUUGUUACUUCGCGGGUAUUAUACGUUGUUAGACUACCAAUAGAAUUACAGGAUGUCCAUAUGAAUAAUGAGCUCUAUCUCGAUUUGCUGUUAUACCAUACGCGAUGCAUAAUAGCGAUUGAUCCAUAUUUACUCGAGUGGGGAUGCACCGUGUGGGGUUGCUCUUCAGGAAAAUGUUAGUACUCUUUCAGUUCUUUCUCAAACCCAAGUGCCGGAUAGAAUGUUUCGACACUGAUCUUUGGUUCCUCGCGAUCUCGGUAUUUUUUACGAAUAAUGGUCACGAGUACUGUCAGUCCAGUGCUGAAGAUCGGCCUUCGAUUGCUUGAUAUGUGGCCGGGUGUGUCGUAUUCCAUCCCCUAUUGGCUAAUUUAUAUAUUUAGCAUACUGAUCGUACAGUACUUCCAAUAUCGAUACGUAUUCGAGCACUUCAAGAUUAGUGAGCUCUCGAAUCUCGUUGACAGCUUACCCGCGGCUUUAGACUACAGUUUGACGCUUUUUAAAUUAAUCAGUCUUUGGAUACAUCGUCGUGUCAUUCAUCAACUCGUGGCCGAUAUGGACAAUGACUGGCACGAGUGUGUCAAUAAUGAUCGACAUUUGUAUGUGAUGAUAAUCACAGCCAAUAUAUCGCAUUUCUAUUCUAAUAUUAUGUUAAGUAUUAAUACGAUUUCUGCGGUGUUUUACCUUUUGGGUGAUUACGCAGUUCGUUUUGUGUAUCUAUCUGGAUAUUACAAUGUUACCUUGCGGCAGCUUCCAAUCAAGGUACAAUUUCCCUUCGAUACUCAACAAUCGCCGAUUUUUGAGCUGCUGGUUGUAACUCUAUUUCUACAUGUAAUGUUGAAUGCGUGCACGCUUAGUAUUGUAAACGCAUUAAUUUCUACUUUAGUGUUUCACGUAAGUGGACAAAUCGAUAUAUUAUGUCAAGAAUUCAAAACUAUUUCUGGAAAAACUUUUUCUUAUAAAACUUGCACAUCUACAUUAGGUACAUUGAUUGAAAGUCAGAACAGAGUUUAUGUAUUUUCCGAAAAUAUUGAGAAACUUUUCUCCUUUAUUGCGUUAAUGCAAGUUAUCUGGAAUACAUUAGUUAUUUGCAGUCUAGGAUUUAUUAUCAUAAUUUCGUUUUAUAUUGAGACCAGUGUCAUUACGAUAGUAAAAACUAUUCUUACUUAUUUUGCUGUGAUAAUGGAAAUUUUCAUCUUAUGCUUUGCCGGAGAGUAUCUUAAUCUAAAGGGUAAAUCAAUCGCCGAUGCAGCGUACGAAUCAUUGUGGUACGAUUUACCAUCAAAUCAGGGGAAAACAGUAACAUUUGUAGUAAUGAGAUCUCAAAAGCAACUGAUGAUCACAGCAGGAAGAAUUACAAACUUAUCUUUGGAAACUUUCACGAAUAUUAUAAAGGCAUCAGCAUCAUACGUAUCUGUCUUACACGCGAUAUAUUGAUAUUAAUAAAUAGUAAUUUGUUGAAAUCACA